GGAAACGUCUGCUCACAGUGUGGGAGGAGCUUCAGGUUCCAGUGUCAUCUCAAAAUACACCAGCGCAUUCACACUGGAGAGAAACCGUAUCAGUGCUCACAGUGUGGGAAGAGUUUUAAUAGACAGAGUGAUCUCAAAAUACACCAGCGCAUUCACACUGGAGAGAAACCAUAUCAGUGCUCACAAUGUGGAAAGAGUUUUAAUAGACAGAGUGAGCUCAAAAUACACCAGCGCAUUCACAGUGGAGAGAAACCGUAUCAGUGCUCACAGUGUGGAAAGAGUUUUAAUAGACAGAGUCAUCUCAAAAGACACCAGCGCGUUCACAAUGGAGAGAAACCAUAUCAGUGCUCACAGUGUGAGAAGAGUUUUAAUACAAAGAGUGAGCUUAAAAUACACCAGCGCAUUCACAGUGGAGAGAAACUGUAUCAGUGCUCACAGUGUGAGAAGAGUUUUAAUAGACAGAGUGAUCUCAAAAUACACCAGCGCAUUCACACUGGAGAGAAACCGUAUCAGUGCUCACAGUGUGGGAAGAGUUUUAAUAGACAGAGUGAUCUCAAAAUACACCAGCGCAUUCACACUGGAGAGAAACCAUAUCAGUGCUCACAAUGUGGAAAGAGUUUUAAUAGACAGAGUGAGCUCAAAAUACACCAGCGCAUUCACAGUGGAGAGAAACCGUAUCAGUGCUCACAGUGUGGAAAGAGUUUUAAUAGACAGAGUCAUCUCAAAAGACACCAGCGCGUUCACAAUGGAGAGAAACCAUAUCAGUGCUCACAGUGUGAGAAGAGUUUUAAUACAAAGAGUGAGCUUAAAAUACACCAGCGCAUUCACAGUGGAGAGAAACCGUAUCAGUGCUCACAGUGUGGGAAAAGUUUUAAUAGACAAAGUGAUCUCAAAAUACACCAGCGCAUUCACACUGGAGAGAAACCGUAUCAGUGCUCACAGUGUGGGAAGAGAUUUAAUAGACAGAGUGAUCUCAAAAUACACCAGCGCAUUCACACUGGAGAGAAACCGUAUCAGUGCUCACAGUGUGGGAAAAGUUUUAAUAGACAAAGUGAUCUCAAAAUACACCAGCGCAUUCACACUGGAGAGAAACCGUAUCAGUGCUCACAGUGUGGGAAGAGAUUUAAUAGACAGAGUGAUCUCAAAAUACACCAGCGCAUUCACACUGGAGAGAAACCAUAUCAGUGCUCACAAUGUGGAAAGAGUUUUAAUAGACAGAGUGAGCUCAAAAUACACCAGCGCAUUCACAGUGGAGAGAAACCGUAUCAGUGCUCACAGUGUGGAAAGAGUUUUAAUAGACAGAGGCUUCUUUUGAGUCACUACCAUAUUCACACAGGAGUGAAACCGUAUCAAUGCUCAGAGUGUGGAAAGAGUUUUGCUGAACAUAGCACCCUUCAAAAACACCAGCGUAUUCACACAGGAGAGAAACCGUAUAACUGCACUGAGUGUGGAAAGAGUUUUACUCAAAGUAGUGCCCUUAAAGUACACCAGCGUGUUCACACAGGAGAGAAACCGUAUCACUGCUCACAGUGUGGAAAAAGUUUUACUCAACGGAGUAAACUCCAAGAACACCAGCGUAUUCACACAGGAGAGAAACCGUAUCACUGCUCAGUGUGUGGAAAGAGUUUUGCUCAAUGGGGUAACCUUCAAAACCACCAGCGUAUUCACACAGGAGAGAAACCGUAUCACUGUUCAGAGUGUGGAAAGAUUUUUAAUCAAAGUAGUGCCCUUAAAGUACACCAGCGUAUUCACACAGGAGAGAAACCGUAUCACUGCUCAGAGUGUGGAAAGAUUUUUAAUCAAAGUACUGCCCUUAAAGUACACCAGCGUAUUCACACAGGAGAGAAACCGUAUCACUGCUCAGUGUGUGGAAAGAGUUUUGCUCAUGAAAAUAGUCUCAAACGGCAUCAGCGUAUUCACAUAGAAAAACAACUUCACUGUUAA